GCUUUCUCGCGCACACACAGACCCACAGAGGCGCGCACCCAUACUCCCUCCCAUCCAUCCAUCCAUCCAUCCAUCCCUCCCUCCCUCCCUCCCCGCAUCUCGCCGGUUCGGUUCGGGCCAGUCGCUAUGCACACCGGCAGCGGGUGAUGUGCUGCUGCUGCCAAGGGCUGGACCCCAGCGCCCCCCGGCCCUGCCAGCCUCCUCGGAGCCCUUCGCCCGGCAUCCUCAGGCAGGGUGGGCGGCCGCCGCGCGCCCAGCCCUUCCCGGUCUGCCUGGCUCCCCAGCACGCCCACCCCUUCGUCCCCCCGCCCAGCUUGGGCUCGCUUACCUGGAGUAACCGCCGAGUGCAGCCCGGAUGCCUAGGAUGACAAACUUUCCCGAGGAGGGCUGACGCCUGCAGCCCGCCUGCCCACCCGCCGCCUGCCCGCCCGCGGAGCCUGGGAACCUGCAGGCGAAGAAGCAGGAAAGCGUGGAAGACGAGGGCAUCCUUUGGGGGCCAGAUGCUGCGGGGGAUGAGCCCCAGGGAAAGAUCGGCUGCAGCCUUCCAUCAGAGAGAGCCCUCCUCCUAAGCAGGAGCGGCGGAGCGGAGCCGAGCCCCCAGCCCAGGCCCCGGGCAGGCUCCUCUCCAGAACGGGGGCGACGGGGCCCUGACAGCUUAGCGUCACAUGUCAAGCGGAUCAGAGAGAGGGAGGUUAACAUCUGAACUCCACAGCUGUGUAAUGGACCACCUCCUUCUCCCGGGAGACGCAUCCUGAGCCUUGCAUACAGAUGCGCUGGCUGUGCCCAGGCUGCGCUGGGCCAGGGUGAGCUCUCUCACUGUCAUGCAAGAACGCUCCCCGAUCCUGCACCAAGCCCCUGCUGCCAAGUGACUUUAAAGGGACUGAAAAGGGAAAAAAAAACCCACUUUGGAAAGAAAAGGAAGAAAUCUGCACACGCCUCCCCAGAAGAGGUGGGCGGCAGGAAGUCUGCUGAAGACCCCUGCCCGCCUCAGGGAGGCUUCGGGAGGGGAGCCGGCCCCUAGGGAAUGAGGGCAAGGGGCGGGGAGGAGAGCACCUCCAGGAGACACCUUCAGCCCAGAUGGAUUCCCCAGCACGCCCCGCGCCCCGGAAGGCCCUCGCGAUGUUGCCCUAACGCGGCCACAGAGGCAGGAGAGCGGGGUACCGGGGCUUCCUCCCUCAGGGAGCGUUUUCUGUGGCCAGGCCCCGGAAAAAGGGAGGGCUCUGCAGCCAGGCUGUCCCAGCCUAGGUGCAUCCCCCAGUCAGGCUGAAGCCUGGGCUCAGGGCCGGCCUGCAGGAGAAGCAGAGCGCACAUUCAGCAUUGGGACGCCCCUGACACGGGAAAACCGCCCAGGGAAACUGGCCCAACAGCACCUCUCCCAGAGUGAAGGUGACGAGGACGCGGGCCGGGCGGCCCCCCGGCUCUCCACCCCCCGAACCAUGGCGAUGGCCCACUCCACCAGCGCCACAGCCGCCGCCGCCGCCACCACGACCACGACCAUGGUGGUCAUGACCACGGCCACCAUCGACCUGCGGGACUGGCUGUUCCUGUGCUACGGGCUCAUCGCCUUCCUGACGGAGGUCAUCGACAGCACCACGUGCCCGUCGGUCUGCCGCUGCGACGGCGGCUUCAUCUACUGCAACGACCGGGGUCUGACCUCCAUCCCAGCCGACAUCCCGGACGACGCCACCACGCUCUACCUGCAGAACAACCAGAUCAAUAACGCGGGCAUCCCCCAGGACCUGAAGAGCAAGGUCAACGUGCAGGUGAUCUACCUCUACGAGAACGACCUGGACGAGUUCCCCAUCAACCUCCCGCACUCCCUGCGCGAGCUGCACCUGCAGGACAACAACGUCCGCACCAUCGCCCGCGCCUCGCUGGCCCGCAUCCCCCUCCUGGAGAAGCUGCAUCUGGACGACAACUCAGUGUCCACUGUGAGCAUCGAGGACGACGCCUUCGCGGACAGCUCGCGGCUGAAGCUGCUCUUCCUGUCGCGGAACCACCUGAGCAGCAUCCCAUCUGGCCUGCCGCGGACGCUGGAGGAGCUGCGGCUGGACGACAACCGCAUCUCCACCAUCCCGCUGCACGCCUUCAAGGGCCUCGCCAGCCUGCGGCGGCUGGUGCUGGACGGCAACCUGCUGGCCAAUCAGCGCAUCGCAGACGACACCUUCAGCCGGCUGCAGAACCUCACGGAGCUGUCCCUGGUGCGCAACUCGCUGGCCGCUCCGCCCCUCAACCUGCCCAGCGCCCGCCUGCAGAAGCUCUACCUGCAGGACAACGCCAUCAGCCACGUCCCCCACGGCACGCUGGCCAGGAUGCGCGAGCUGGAGCGGCUGGACCUGUCCAACAACAACCUCACCUCCCUGCCGCGCGGCCUGUUCGACGACCUGGAGAACCUGAGCCAGCUGCUGCUCCGGAACAACCCCUGGUUCUGCGGCUGCAACCUCAUGUGGCUCAGGGACUGGGUCAAGGCGCGGGCGUCCGUGGUCAACGUGCGGGGCCUCAUGUGCCAGGGCCCCGAGAAGGUCCGAGGCAUGGCCAUCAAGGACAUCACCAGCGAGAUGGACGAGUGCUUCGAGGCGGGGUCCCAGGGCGGCGCCGGCGCCAACGCCGCCAAGACCACGGCCAGCGACCACGCCGCAUCCACGACCCCGCAGGGCUCGCUCUUCACCCUCAAGUCCAAGAGGCCGGGCAUCCAGCUCCCCGGCUCGAACGUCGACUACCCCGCAGCCACCGGGGAUGGCACGAAGGCCCUGGUCAUCCACGUGAAGCCGCUGACUGCAGACAGCAUCCGCAUCACGUGGAAGGCCACGCUGCCCGCCACCUCCUUCCGCCUCAGCUGGCUGCGGCUGGGACACAGCCCCGCGGUGGGCUCCAUCACGGAAACCCUGGUGCAGGGCGACAAGACGGAAUACCUGCUGACGGCCCUCGAGCCCAAGUCCACCUACAUCAUCUGCAUGGUCACCAUGGAGAGCGGCAACGCCUACGCGGCUGACGAAACGCCGGUGUGUGCCAAGGCGGAGACGGCCGAGGGCCACGGGCCGACCACCGCCCUCAACCGCGAGCAGAACGCGGACUCCGUGACAGGCCUGCCUCUGGCGGGCAUCAUCGGCGGUGCCAUCGCCCUCGUCUUCCUCUUCCUGGUCCUCGGGGCCAUCUGCUGGUACGUGCACCGGGCCGGGGAGCUGCUGACCCACGAGCGGGCCUACAGCCGGAGCAGCCGCAAGAAGGACGACUACGUGGAGUCGGGCACCAAGAAGGACAACUCGAUUCUGGAGAUUCGGGGGCCCGGGCUGCAGAUGCUGCCCAUCAACCCGCACCGGGCCAAGGAGGAGUACGUGAUACACACGAUCUUCCCCUCCAACGGCACCAGCCUCUACAAGACCACGCACGCCAUUGGCUACGGCGCCACCCGAGGCUACAGAGACGGCGGCAUCCCAGACACGGACUACUCCUACACAUGAUGGCAGCGCGCUCGCCCCUUCCCAGAACCCGAGCCGCCCUCUUUCCCUGCGCUCCCUGGCUCUGCGCCCACCGCUUCUUUCCACCGCCUCCUUGGGUGGAAACGCGGCUGCCUACUCCCACUGGCUACCCCUACCGACACCACACAGAACUAUUUUCAAGCCAGAAACGAGGGGAGGGGUCAAUAUUUCAGAAAAACAACAGUGGAAAAAUUUGUUUUAAAUAGGCAAGGAAGGGAAACUGAGGUCAGAUACCGUCAUUUAUAGGAAAAAUGCCAGAUGGGGGAGGGGUGGUGCAGGGAGGGAGGCCAGGAAAACCUAAAAAUAAAAACGAAAGAAUGUUGUUUUGGGGAACUGGAAAGAUAACUACCUGUACAACCACCCGUGUCAAUCUCGUGUUUUGUUCGGGGGUAAAAACGCAAAGCAAACAGGAUUUAAAAAUGGAAGAAAAAAACCCACAAAAGCCCGCAGCAGAACGUUCUCUUCUCUGGCUGCUAACUGUUGGCAUUCGGGAGAUUUUUCAAGCGUCCUACAAAGGAGAAAAGAAAAGGGGAUGGCGAGGGGGGAGGAGAUACCGUCCCCCCCAGAACCUCUCUGCUAGCUCUGGACCAUAAUCACUUCCAGAAAGACUGCCUGGCUUCCCCACAUUAGCCGAACAAUUUGUAGCUGAUUAAAGAAAGACUUGUUUUCUA